AUGAAGCCUUUCCUCGAGACACAAACCCCUACGGUAUCGAAUGCCUCCGAUGCCGAAGUCUAUCGGAUUCUCAGUGCCAUUUUUGAUUUCCCAAACGAAGACCAGAAGCUGUGGUGGCAUAGCACGGCCCCAAUGUUUGCGCAGAUGCUGAAGCUUUCCGGCCUUUACGACCUUCACACCCAAUACAAAUUCUUGGGUCUAUACAAGAAAUCAAUCGUGCCAUUUCUUGGUGUUUAUCCACUCGACAAUGAUCGGGACCGAUGGAUGAGCAUCCUCACAAGAUAUGGAACACCUUUUGAGUUGAGUCUCAACUGUUCUGACUCCAUUGUGAGAUUCACCUACGAGCCCAUCAACAAUCUCACCGGAACCUCGCAAGACCCAUUUAACACACAUGCUAUCUGGGAUGCUCUUUCGCAAUUGCUGCGCCUUCAGAAUAUUGACCUCCAAUGGUUAAAGCAUUUGAAGGAGCGGUUGACUGUAAAUGAUGAAGAGUCGCAGAUGCUCAAGGAAAGGCUGGCAGGAGACCCGAUCCGAACACAGAAUAAGCUGGCAUUGGACCUCAAGCCAGACGGCACCUUUGUUCCCAAGACCUAUAUUUAUCCAAGUUUGAAGUCACUCGCUACAGGAAAAUCAAUUCACGAUCUGAUCUUUGACUCUGUUCGCGAGUUAGCAGCAUCCUAUCCAUCUAUCGGGCGUCCAUUAUCUGUGCUUGAGGAAUAUAUUCAGUCACGAGGAUUGGAAAGUACAGCGUCACCACGUUUGAUAUCAUGCGACCUGGCAAAGCCAACAAAAUCUCGCAUUAAGAUUUAUUUGCUCGAGCAAGUGGUAUCGUUUGAUGCUGUGCUGGAUCUCUGGACUCUUGGAGGACGUCGUCAAGAUUCCUCUUCUCUAGCAGGGCUAGAGCUGCUACGUGAGCUUUGGGAUCUCAUCCAGUUGCCAACUGGCCAUAUUCCUUACCCUGCUGGGUUCUUGCCAUUAGGAGCUGAGGUAAACGAGCAGCUGCCGUUGAUGGUGAACUAUACUCUUCACCACAAUGACCCGAUUCCAGAACCCCAGGUAUAUUUGACCACCUUUGGCAUGAAUGAUAUGGCCGUGAUGAGUGCACUCUGCACCUUCUUUGCCAACAAGGGCUGGAACCAGAUGGCCCAGUCAUACAGAGAAGAGGUUUGCUCAUACUACCCACAUGCCGACCACAACUCUAUGAACUACAUACACGCCUACAUAUCGUUCUCCUACCGCAAAGAAAAGCCUUACUUGAGCGUCUAUCUCCAAUCUCUUGAGACGGGCAAUUGGUCAAUUUUUCCUCUAGCAAGCUUCACCGAUCAAGGAAAAGCCCAGAGCGACGACAUUCCCGAACAAAUUCUUCCAAGUCUCUCGACUCACUCAAAAGGAGCUAUGGGCUACAGCGAAUUCGUGGCUCCCGGGGUAUAUUGCUAA